UACAACUGGAGCAUUUGAGAGCUGCAACUACAGACUGCACCAUGCGGUUCAACACGCUGUUCUUCCUGGUGAUCACAACUUGUCUCAGUCUUGUACUGGCACAAGGGUCCUUUGAUGACUGCUGUUUAAAGUAUGUGAAGAAAAUGAAUAUCAACUCUCAGAAACAUGCAGUUAGUUACACACUGCAGUUGACAGAUGGAAGCUGCAACAUCCCUGCUGUAAUCUUCACCAUGAAGAGGGGGCGUGUGUUUUGCGCAGAUCCGAAUGAGAAAUGGGUUGAAGAACUGGUGACAAAGAUUGACAAAAAGUCAAAGAAGUUCCGUCCACGACACAGAGGCUGAGGGCAACUGUCUGCUACAAUGGCCCUCUUCUUCCUCUGCCAAAUCUUAUCAUUAAGCAACAAGCGGUUUUAUGGUGUCUUACUGGAAGGCAGCGGAGGAGGCUGGCCAAAGAAAUCUUGUAGCAUUACUUUUGCUUUCACUCUGCACUGAGAUAAAGGUCAAAAGCUUGGGCAGAAUCGACUGGCCACCACAUAUAAAUGCUUUUUCCGCAUAGCUGCUUCAAUGAGAAUAUUUGUGACAGUUUUCUUGCCUUUUAAGACAUCAGAUAUUAAAUAAGCUGUUUAAUUAAUGGUGAUGGAGUGUAAAUGAUUAUAUAUAUAUAUAUAUAUGUGUGUGUGUGUGUGUAUAUAUAGUAUUUCUUUCAUGAUGUGUUCAGAUAUCAAUGCUUGUUUAUGUGCGAACACAAAUUGUCAAAUGCAAAUGCCUUUCUGAAUUGUGUGUCACAGAAAAGGUGAAACUCUUAAUUUCUUCUAAAUGGUUUAAAUGUCACUCUUUUCAUACAUGUUGUGCAUAGAUUUUAUUUUAGUAAAUGUGAUCCCAUAAAAGUAUAUGUGUUCCCA